UUUACCCCACGUUUUUCAAACGCUCGUUGUACGAUGAGAGGAACUUAACAGGAAUUCACUUACGCAAUCCUAUGAGCAUGUUCAGACGAAAACUGAAAGCCUUGGGAUAUCAUCACCCAUCAUUUCAAGUAAACAAUGAAGAUGAAUUCAGAAACCUUGUUGUGUGGCUGGAAGACCAGAAAAUUCGAUAUUACAGAAUAGAAGAGCGAGAGGAACUCAGAGAUACAAAAAAGAAUGAAUGGACAAAAACUUUUAAAAAGUAUUUAGAUGAUCUGCAAUGCCCUUUGGAUUUUUCACAAAAGCUCAGUGUAGUUGACUGGUUACUGUCUCAUGCUGUGAGAGUUGAAUAUGCUGAGAAUGCUGAAAUGUACAAUGCAGUUGGUCAAACUGUCAAGAAAGAAGAGGUUGAAUUAGUAGGAGAGAGUUCACUUGAUGACAGCUUGAUUAAUUUGACUGUAGAUAAUCCAGAUCUUAAAGCUGGGGUAGCGUCUUUGUCAAGACUUCUUAGCCUACCAGAACACCCUGAUCAUUUUGUUUUACUACAGGCUAUCCGCUCACUUAUUGAAGGCAAGCUAUCAUCAUUCGCCUCCAAGACUAAGAAAAAAUCGAAUCAAAACGCUGAAGAUGUAAUUCCUCUCCACAAAGUUGACUUGGGAUUUGACACAGGAGACUCUGCAGUUAACGAGGCCGCCAAAAUAAUCAGGUUAUUGCACGUCACAGAAUUACGAGAUCUCCAAACGCGGAUUAACGAGGCCAUAGUAGCGGUUCAGGCCAUUACGGCUAAUCCUAAAACAGAUCAGUCACUCGGGCGAAUUGGCGUGUGAUAAGUUGGUUUAUUGUGGAGCACUGAGUACCAAUCAGGGGCUGUUAGGGCUUCGUGCCCUCUUAUCCAGGGUCUUACCUACUGCUUUAUCCUUGUCGCGCAAGAGAGAACUUGGAUUCUCUCUGAUUCUCGGAGAAACCGUAGCUUGGUUAAGUCCGAAUCUAACGCGUAUGAAAAUAAAUCACCCAUCAUAACUGUUGUUUUUUUUACAAGAUCUGUUAGCCUUGUGGCGUUACGCUUCGCAUAUACGAAUGUGGUAUUCGAAAACAGAAUUAAAGAACGAGCAUCUUUUGGUUAA